UACAUAGGAUUCGGGGCGCAACAGUCUUCCGUUGAAAAGCGUGCACGCGUGUCGCGUCGUUCCUCUGUAUACGAUAUUGCCCUUUGCAGUGCACAUAAAUAGGUAUAUUAAUACCUAUUAUAUUUUAUAAUUAUCUGUAGGCAUAAUUUAACAUUGUAUUAUACAGUGUCGAGGACUAUGUAAUAUACUAAUAUGUACAUUUAAGGCGGUGCACAUCAUAUCGAACUCGAUCAUUAUAAUACGCCUAUACCGCGCGGAAUAUUCACUCCGUUCCGCCAUCACCGUACCAGUUACUAUAUAAUAAAUACAUAAUAUACGUAAAAACAAUGUCAGUCGGUGACUUGAACUUUACAACGGCCAAGCCGUUAGACGUCAACAGGUAUGCAACCAAAAAGACCAUUGCUCAGGGAAUGUUGGAUAUCGCCUUGUUGACAGCCAACGCAAACCAACUGAAAUACAUCCUUCAAGUGGGUGAGAAACACGAGUUUUACAAGCCUCUGUUAGUAUUGAUUGCCACGUCUAUAUUUUUACAAGUGUUCAUGGGAAUGAUAUUUCUAUCACUAAACCUGCUUCGGGACUGUCGUUUCCAUUUGAUCGAGUACAAGACGUCGUCGCUGUUCAUCAACCAAGUGCCAGUCGUAUGCACGUUUAUGGUGUUCACGAUCAACAUAAUAAUAGGAGCUUUUGAUUCCGGAUUAGCCAGCAUCGUACCGACAUCAACAUUCAACGCACCGUCCGUCCCGUCCAUCAAUUCCAAUUGACAAAUUAUGUGCUCGUUGGUGGGAUAUUCUUGGUUGUUGGAGGGCUGGACAUAAAGAAAGAAAAAGACCAACGAAAGUGUUUGAUUUUAAACGACGUUUCCGUCAU